GCCUUCAAGGGCCCCCCGGAAAGAUGUGCCCCUGCUAUUGCGGGCAUGAUCUCAUCGGCGCUUCGGCACCACGGCCUGCCAGGUGCAGCAAAGAAUCAGGUGAGAGAUCCCUGGAACUGUCCACAGGCACCGAGAGGAGGUCGGAGAGUUGCCGGCCUCGAUGUUUGGGUGUCGCAACUUCGACUCGAGGGCCACCGCACGGGCAUCGCGGCCUGGGCUGCCGACAUGGGUGCUGCAUCCCUGAGGGAGCUGGCCGAACACGCAGAAGCCUUAGCCGAGGCGCUGCCGCUGAAGCCCUUGGAAGCGAGAAGGCUGCAGCGAGAGGGCCUUGCUGCUGCCGAGCGGGUCUUGGCCGAGGAAGGUUUUCCUGGCACAGCCGAGGCUUCGGAAGCCGCAGGAGUGGAAGCCUCCGGCCGGCGAAUCACAGCGAAGGCCCCGCAACCCGUGACGAACGGCAAAGGCAAGCGAGGUAGUGCGGUUUCGAAGGUGCAGCUGGGCAAUCCCGGGCGCCACCGACCGUUAGGUCCAGGAAGCUUUUCAAGUGUUGUAGGAGGCACAAGAGAAUUUUUUGAUGGUUUGGGUUGUAGUCCGAGAGCUGUAGAUCUGCCUCCUCCAGCAAGACUGUAG